UCGGAGUAGUACGUUCCUGAAGUCAGUAAUUGAGAGAGAGGGAUAGAGGCUUGUAGGCGCUUUACUUGCGUUUCCACUCAACUUGAAAUAGGAUAUUGUGCUGUCCGGUGCCUCUUCAGCUUCACUCCUGCGAGACAGACUUGGCGUUGCGCAUCGAUUCGCGUUUGUGCUUGGCGCAUCCUGAUCAGCAUGGUUAAGUUUCGAAGCAUGACAAGCAGCGAGUACAAGAUGGAUCGAUCGACGUUCAAGCUGCUAUACGCAUUCCACUCGACACCCUUCGGUAAAUGCCUCAUCGCCAUAACCGCCACCAGCAAAGCCAUCGUGUACUUGGGAUUCGUCGACGGCAUCGAGGCGUACGCUCUGAAAGUUCUGAAGAACGAGUGGCCGCUCUCUGAAAUAUCGGAAGACACUGGAGACGGGACAAAGAAUAUAGUCGAGGAAGUUUUCCAGCCUGACGUGACGUCGCUCGAUUCCAUCUGUGUCCUCCUCAAGGGUACAUCGUUUCAAGUGAAGGUGUGGAAAUCUUUGAUGACUAUCCCUAGGGGAGAGUCUAUCACGUACGAGGAAGUCGCAAAGAUAAUUCAACAUCCCAAAGCUAUACGCCCGGUAGGGAAUGCAAUUUCUAAGAAUCGCGUUGCUUAUAUCGUGCCAUGCCAUCGUGUGACAGGUAAGAAAGCUGAGAACGACAAGUAUGCAUGGGGGGUACAGCGCAAGAAAGCCAUCCUGAAGUAUGAAAGAGAUUCGGCAUAGGAGACUGUAAAGAUCACAUUGUUGUUUCCAUUGGUACUUGUACGAUAUGAGUUUUUUGUGACAAAGAACAUGCCAAAUUAGAUAUUAUAUAAGAUCAGAUUUAUUAUAAAAGUGUAUGACUGUGCAUAUGUCGCCUUACAAAUAUGUUUAUUUUCCUGUAUCACUUUUUUUUAUAUAUAUUUGAUAGAUUCUUCACUGCUUCAAACUGAACCUAGGUGUGCUAAAUACCUGGAAUGUGAUAAGGCAGACUAUAAUUUAAGAAUGCGCUAUGUAAAGCAGGUCUUUUUUUGUGUUGAAUAAUUUGUGCCCUCAUCUGUACCUAUAUCUGAUAAAUAUUUAUUUUUGUUACAUAUAUUGAGUCAUGUAAAAGUACAAAAUUCCUUUAGUAGAUUAAAAUAUAAUGACGAUGUAUUCUGAAGAUCUCUCACUUGAUUUCAAGUAGUCACUAACAUAUUACACGUCGACAACACUUUGUUGUUGGCAUUAUCAAUACAGUGCAGUACAGUUUGCUGAAACAUCCAAUACAUCAGCUGUGUUCGACAGGAGAAACAGCUUUACAAGUGUACGAUUUCCUAGUGAGUGCCAUUUAAUGGUUUGCACCAUUCCACACAAUUUACUACCCUGAGAAAAAAUAUCUAAAAAAUUAAAAAUAAUUGUUCGGUAUAUUAUAUAGAUAUGUAGCAAUUUAGAUUUAUGUAAUUUUGUUAGUAGUAUUUAGUAGAAUAAUCAAGUAAACUUAUCAUUAGUACCAACCGAAUAAAUAUUUCUUACUUUUUAGAUACGUUCACUCAGUACAGUAAGCAGAUAGCAUUCAUUUUCAGCGCAAUAAAGAUACUCAACAUGUUGCGUCAGAAUGCACUAAUAUAAUGCUGAUCCCCAAAUGUAGCCAAUCAUUUUACUAUCACAAUUCAUCAGCAGUUGAUUUAGCAAUGGCAGAUUUAUCAAGAGGUCAAUAUAUCUGAUUAAAUGUAGCUGAUGUACAUUUUACGAUCAAUAGUUAUUUUUAUAUCCGCACUCAGUGUAUAGUACAGAUCGAAUCUACUCGAAUAAUUGGACACAAUGCCUUGGUGCAAACCAAGAACUGCAGUGUGUUAAAAAUGUCAGUUAUUGUCGCAUAUUUAUAUUACGUUCGAAUCGGUUAUAGCUACGUAAUCUAUCCAAAGUUGAAUACUUCUAUAAUCGCACGAUAAAUGCAAUUACAAAUGAAGAUUAAGCUUUUUUUCGUUAUACGCCAACUGUAUACUCUUCUCUGAUGGAAAUUAAUAUUUUCGGAUGCGGUCCCUAAUGUGAUUGCAACUUCGGAGAUUUACGUCUAGGAUGAUUUAUCUUUUAACCUUAUCCUAGGCGACCUAAAUUUCGUGACUCACGUAUCUUAUUAUUGCAUACCUGUCUCCUUUAUACAACUGUACAUUCGCAAUUGAUAUGUCAGAGUAAAAGAACGAUUUUCUCGCUACUAUUCGCUACUAUAUAUAUAUAUAUAUAUAUAUUAAAUACAGGUUAAAUAAUCGCGAAAUGCGCGUAAAGACGCGAGAAGCCAAAUUUUUAGCAUCGAUAGCAGUCUAGAGAUUAUUUUAAUUAAUUUUCUGUACAAUUCGCAGUUAAACGAAAACAAUAAAUGUAUAUUUCGUUGAAUUUGUUACACUACCGGUAUUAUACACUAAUAAAUAAUCGACGAGUUUACACAUGUAUGUACAGCUAUCUCCAUUUUGUCGCAUCAUUACGCCAGAUGCGAGAGUAAACUAGAACCACGUACGACACGGAUGCAAAUCUGGCGUCAGUCUCGCGCGCUCGCGGUAAAUAUUACACUUUGGGCGAUACCAGAUCUCAUCCGCGUUUAUGGUGUACACAAAAGGAAACGUUCUUUUCCGUUUGAAGUUACUCGAUAGCACACAGUUAAUUUCUUGUCUUUUAAUUUUGUCUUGUUAAUCUUACAGGGAGAUUCCAUUAAUUUCCUUUUGUACAUUCAACAACACCUGUCUUGCUUCUUAUAUGCGUGCAGUAUGCAAAUAGGGUGAAACACGUUUCAGAGUUGAAGUUGCAAAUAUAUAACUUGCGUUCUCCCUCCCUCCUUCUUCGGUUCUUUUGCGGACCUUUUGAUAUUUGGAUUCUAUUCUACGGAUAGCUCGAUACCGUUGAUAUGUUUUUUUUUUUUCGCAAAGAUAUAUAUAUUUUCCUGUGCUUGCGUGAGAACA